CCGCGACACCGUCGCCAUGCUCGCCGUGGUCGCCGCCGUGCUGCUGGCGGUGGCCGCGCCGCCUCGCGCCGUCGCCUUCAACGCGGACGCCAACCACGCCGUCGUCUUCGACGCCGCGUCCGAGGACUUGCUGUUCGGCUACAGCGUGGCCCUCGCCUCCGGCCAGCUGCUCGUCGGCGAGCCGAAGGGGUCCUGGCUGACCAGGGCUGACCUGCACCAGCCUGGGGCGCUGCACCGCUGCGCGCCCUCCCUGGGGCCCUCCCUGGGGCCCUCCCCGGGGCCGGGGGGCAACGCAUGGGGGGCGCCAGGGGCCUCGCCCAGGUGCACCCCCGCAGUGCUCGAAGGUAAAGAGGACGCGUACAUCGGCGGCCAGCGCGUGCAGCACCUCAAGAACGACUCCAUGUUUGCCUCCGCCGUCGUCACCACUUCCGCCGGGAUGACGCUGGUGUGUGGACCGGGCUGGAAGAACCAGAUGUACAAGAACAAGCACUACCUCAUGAACGGGCUGUGCUACGCGCUGACCGAGAACCUGAGCAGGCCGUACGCCCCACUGGCCGACACCAAGCAGGGGGCCGCGGUGCCCGACCCUUCGCAAGGCCCCGGCGCCACCAAGAACGUCUUCAACUACGCCUUCGGCGAGGCGGGCUUCUCGGCACACAUCAGUCAGGACGAAACUGAGGUCCUUCUCGGUGCGCCCGGAGUGCUGCAGUGGAGAGGCUCGGUGAUCCGCUACCGCAUUAGCCCCGUCGGCCAGCUCAUCGAGAAGGUGGUCACCAGCACGGAAACGCUCCAAGACUGCAGUUACUUUGGUUACUCGGUGACGGCCGGCAGGUUCCGCGUUGGAGCGCCCAGGGAUCAGUACGCGGCGGGGGCGCCGCGGGCCGCGCUCACCGGCAAGGUGCUGCUGUUCGAGCUGGCGGACGACGCGGCGGGCGACGCGGCCGAGAUGACGCCCCUCCAGGAGGUGCUGGGCGAGCAGCUCGGCGAGUACUUCGGCGCGGCCGUGCUGGCCGUGGACGUGACCGGCGACGGCCUCGCCGACCUCCUCGUCGGUGCCCCGCUGCACACGCGGCCGGAGCGCGGCGACGAGGGUCGCGUGUACGUCUACGUCAACGACGGCGAGGGCCGUCUACGGCGCACGGAGGCCCCGCUGACCCCGACCCGCGACGUCCCCGCGCACCACCGCCACCACGGCGAACACGGUGACCACGGUCCGAGGUUCGGCUCCGCCAUCGCGGCGGCCGGCGACGUCAACCGAGACGGCUUCAACGACGUGUGGGUCGGCGCGCCGUUCGAGGACGGCGGCCGCGGCGCCGUGUACUUGUUCCUGGGCUCCUCGACGGGGCUGAGGAUCGCCGCCGCGCAGCGCGUCGCCGCAAGGGACGUCCACCGCGGCCUGCGCGCCUUCGGCUUCAGCAUGGCGGCCGGCGAGGACCUGGACGGCAACGGGUACGCGGACCUCGCCGUGGGCGCGCCACUGUCGGGCUACGCCGCGGUGCUGCUGUCGCGGCCCGCCGCCCGCCUCGUGCCCAGGAUGACGCCGUCCUCCAGCGAGCUGCCCCUCUCGGCCACGUCGUUCGUCCUGACGGCGUGCCUCGAGUACACCGGGCCGCGCGCCGAGCCGCAAGCAGCCGCGUCCGUGUCGCUGUGGCUGGACGGCCCGUCGGGGCAGAUGGACCGCGCGGCGCUGCAGCUGGCGGGGCGGCAGCUCUCGCGGCAGGUGCACUACGUGCAGAGCCUCGCCCUGGACAGGCGCAGCUGCACCAACGUCACGGUGGUCAUCCGGCCCGACAUCGACGACUUCACCAUCCCCAUCGACGUCACCAUGAGGUUCAACCUGACCGACGAGGCGUCCCGCAGGGAUCGGCCCUUCUGCAAGGCUUGCCCGGUGCUGGACCCCGCCGCGCCGACCACCGCGUCCCUCAAGGUCCCCUUCGCCACGGGCUGCGCAAACGACGCCAUCUGCCGGCCGAACCUCAGCGUCGCGGUCGAGUGGCGCGGCGCGUCACUGCCGCUGGUGCUGGGUAGCUCCCGACAGGUGACUCUCCGGGUCCUGAUCAGCAACGCCGGUGAGCCUGCCUUCCUGGCCAAGCUCGCCGUGACGCUGCCCGCGCCCCUCGGCGUGGCCAGGAUGCCGGCGGCGUGCCACGCGCCGCGCACCGAGGCCUCCGCGACGACGCUGCUCCUGUGCGACGUGGCCAACCCUCUGGGCCGCCACGCGCAGGCGACGCUGGACGUGCCCCUGGACGUGUCCGCCGUGUCCCUGUCGCCGGACGGCUCCGCGGCGCCCGUCCUGGGCGUGCUCCUCAACGCCACCAGCGCGGCCAACAGCCUGGACACGCGGCCCGAGGACAACGUCCUGGCCGCCACGCUGCCGAUGGCCGCCGUCGUGGACCUGGACCUGGUGGGCAGGGCGUCGCCUGAGCUGGGCCUGCUGCCGCAGCAGUCCGGCGCCAAGCCCGUGCGCUUCACGCACACCUACGAGGUGGGCACCGAGUGGAGGUUCACAGUGCACACCGCGGGCCCCACGGCCGUGCAGGCGGUGUCGCUGCGCAUGCUGCUGCCGGCGAAGGCCAGGCUGGGCGGCAGCCGCGGCCGCCUGGUCACGCUGCUGCAGAUGCAGGUGCUGGUGGACGGCGUGCGCGCGGCGUGCGCCGCGAGCGAGGCCACCAAGGCCGAGCAGGACGACAGGCUGGCUCCGGCGCGGCCCGCCGCCGUGGACUCGGAGGACGUCCAGGACGCCGAGGACGUCCAGGACGUUGACGGCGGCCUGCGCUGCGGCGCGGAGGCCGUGGUAUGCGUGCAGCUGGAGUGCCAGCUGUCGCUGCAGAGGGGCUCCUCCACGCGAGUGGACCUGCAGCUCCGGCUGCUCACCGAGGCCCUGCUCCAGGUCGUCGGACCGUCCGCGCGCGCCGUGGCCGUGCACACCAAGGGCGUGGUGGUGCCGCCCAGGGUGGCCAGGCUGCCCGCCGGGACCAAGGUCACCAUCGCGCGGCCAGUGCAGCUGUCCACGCUGUUCAUGCGGCCGUCCGAGUCGGCGCCCGUGCAGCCCUGGGUCGUGGGGCUGUCCGUGGCCGCGGGGCUGCUGCUGCUGAUGCUGCUCACCCUCGCCCUGGCCAAGGCCGGGUUCUUCGGCCGAAAGAAGGUGCCUCUGGUGGGCGAGGUGCCGCCCGAGCGGACCGCGGUCGGCGCGGAGAAGGCCCCCGGGCCCGGCCCCGCGGACGACGACACGCUGCUCGCCACCAAGGACGCCGUCAAGGACUUGGAGGACGCCGAAGUCCCGGACAACGGCAGCGACAGCGGCAUGUCGUCCACCGUGGACGCGGCCCACGCCAACCGGAAGUAAGCCGGAAGUUGGCCGGCCGAAACCGGAAACAGCAACGAAUAAGACUGAAGCCGACACGCGAGUCGAGCAUAAAGCCAAAGAAAGAAGUAGAGUAGGCAAGUCGUGUUUUGUAAAGCUUGUAUUUCGAAUACAAUGAUCGAAUUCACCGUCCAUGAAACACGAAGCCAGCAUGAAAAAACAAUAAAUAUUGAUUGCCCGAGGA